CCGUCGAAUGGUCGGUAGAGACGCUGUUGGGGUGGAGUAGCUCUGCCAACACAACCAGCACAAUAAAAAUGGAGCUCGGUGCCUGUAAGGGAUAAAAAUAUGAGCUGUCACUCAACAGUCAGCACUUUACUCGUCGGUUAGCCUCACUAACUGAUACAGUAACCGUAGUAAUUAACCGCCCGGGCUGACUUCGCCUGUAUGGCGGGUCUGUCUUAUUUAGUGCUCCGGUUUUCGGGCUCCGCUGGUCGGACUUACGGAGUGUUUUCCAAAGGCUUGACUAGGACUUUGUUGAUAUUUUUUGAUCUCGCAUGGCGAUUGCGAAUCAGAUUCCCUUAUAUCUACCUGGUCGCUUCGAUGAUGUUUAAUGUCAGAUUACAGGUGCACAUUGAAAUUCACUGAAUCUUCAACCCUAUAUUUGGAAUGAAAUCGAUGGAUCGUGGCCAAUGCCGUGCUGUAGCCCUCUUAAAGGAACUGUGUGGCACUAUACAGCAAUUUGAAGGAAAGUGGACACUUAAUUCUGUGUGACGAUGCAUCAAAGUGACACACACAGCUGGUCGUCACGGUCAGCCCUCGCCACACAAGCCCAGUGCCUUUGCAGAAGAAGGACAGCAGGAAAGUCAGCAAAAAAGAGCCAGGAUGAACGGUGAUGAGUGAGGGUGGAGGCUGGAGGGGGAAACAAUUCCUCACGUUAACCCUUUUAACUCGCCACCUGACAACCAGGAGCCGCCUGCCUGUCUGAGGAGAUAACGUCAGAUGACUGGUGGAUUUUGACACUUCCUUUUAUCUCUGGAUAUCGAGGACUUUGGCCUGGAAUAAAAAAUGAAUGAUUGUUACUCUGGUACUUUUUAGCUUCUCUUCAUUGUCUGACAUAACAACUGAUCAGUGCUCAGUGUCAACAUCUCACAUUAAUUAAAAAAGUAAAUAUCUGCACCGCAUGACACAAACAAGCAUGCUGUGGCUCGGGGUGCUUUAUUUGGGGUUGGCUGUAUAAGCGGUACAUCUUUGUUGUAGCAGAACAGUACAGCUGCCUCUACUGGAAACGUUAUAAAGUGCAGUGUCAAAGGGAAUCACUGCAUGGUUCUUUCUGUUUGCACACACGUCGUCUCACUCAUUGUUAUUUCUGCAUAUCAGUGGCAGUGGAAAGGUGGCGUGGUGAAAAUGUUACCUUUAAAUUAAAACUUUUUUUUAGCUGCUUUUGUUUUUAUUUCUGUGAAAAUGUGGGCGUCUGGUUGGAAUUCACAUAAUUGAGGCUAAGGAUGAUUGAAUUUGGAAAGUAAUAAAUUAAUGAAAUCACAA